AGUUCGAUCUUGACAUCUAUCGCAAGUACAGAGAAGAUGAAGGUUCUGAUCAUAAUGAUGUCUCUUGCCUUCGUGGCAAUAGCUACUCAACCAAAAAAACGAGGCAUUGAUUCUGGUUAUGGAUCAAGUGGAGGUGGUGGAUCUUAUGGAUCGUCGGGUGGAGGAAGUUCAUAUGGAUCGUCCGGAGGUGGAUAUGAUGGUGGUUCUAUAGAUAUUGGAAGCAGUGGUCAUGGAGGUGGAGAUAUUGGAGGAGGAUUUGGGGGUGGAUCUGGAGGGGGAUACGGGGGAGGAUCUGGAGGAGGAUAUGGAGGAGGAUACGGGGGUGGAUUUGGAGGAGGUUUUGGAGGAGGAUUUGGAGCUGGAGGUGGAGGAGGCGGUGGAGGAGAUGGUCAAAUUGUUUCUGUUGAAGACAACGGAAGAGUUAAUCAUGUCACUCUUCAUAGAGAAGUUCCAGUUCACACUGCUGUCCCGAUUCCAAUUCCAAUUGAAAAGAAAGUACCUUACAUCGUAAAAGUUCCAGUGGCUAUUAAAGUAGACAAACCAGUUCCGGUUCAUGUCGCUAAACCAUACAAAGUUCUCAUCGAGAAACCAGUACCUUUCCCAGUUGAAAAAACCAUUAAAGUACCAGUCAAUGUGCCAGUCAAAAUUCCCGUUCCCGUAAAAGUUGCCAUUCCAGUUCCAAAACCAUUCCCUGUAAAAGUCUCGAAACCCGUUGCUGUUCCAAUCCACGAAACCGUCUAUGUUAAAAAACCAGUACCAGUAAUCGUUCAAUUAGGACAUGGAGGUGGUGGAGGAUCUGGAGGAUUCGGAGGUGGUUUUGGAGGUGGAUUCGGAGGCGGUUACGGCGGAGGACAUGGAGGGAGCUUUGGGGGAUCGAUUGGUGGCGGUCAUGGAGGAGGCUUUGGAGGUUCUAUCGGAGGAUCUAGUGGAGGAAGCUUUGGAGGUGGCCAUGGAGGAGGUUUUGGCGGAUCGAUUGGAGGAGGCCAUGGUGGAAGUAUUGGAGGCGGUUACGGGGGAUCUGUUGGAGGUGGCCAUGGAGGAAGCUUUGGAGGUUCUAGUGGAGGAAGUUUCGGAGGUGGCCAUGGAGGAGGUUUUGGAGGUUCUUCUUCGUACGGCGGUAGCUCUGGUGGAUUCAGCAGCAGCGGAGGCGGAUACCACUAAGAAGAAAUCGACCAUGACACUUGUGAUAUAAUCUUAAUAAGAAUCUCAAAUUGUGGAUAGCUUUCAUUCUAAUUAUAGGUGAAAGAAUUUCCACUCGACUGAACUCUGUUACCACAGUAUAAUUGUAUUUUACUAGUUUUUUUGUUGUUACUUAGAAUUUCUUUAUGAUACAGUAUUACAUAGCUAAAUGGAUUUUGUUUUUGAAUAAAGAUUGAUUUAUUUC